CAAAACCUUUUUUUUCAAAAAAAAUAAUUUUUUUCCCCUAAUCUGAAGAUUCUGAACAAUUUAGUUCCAUUGUUUGUAUAUAUUAGGCUAAUGGUAUGAAUUUUGCGUGGCAGGAUAUUAUACGUCUGCCCAGAUUGUUCCGCUUUCUCCAGCGCCCAUUGGCACAACUCAUUUCUGUCCUCCGAGCUCCGAAAAGUAAGGAAGGGUAUGCUGCAAUUGGAGGCGGUUCCCCUUUACGAAAAAUAACAGAUGAGCAGGCUAGUGCGUUAAAAAUGGCACUAGAAACAAAGGAAGUUCCAGCAAACGUCUAUGUUGCGAUGAGGUACUGGUACCCGUUCACUGAGGAAGCUGCUCACCAGAUAAAAAGAGAUGGGAUCACAAAGCUUGUAGUACUGCCUUUGUAUCCUCAAUACUCGAUCUCUACAACUGGUUCAAGCGUCCGUGCCCUUCAGAAUAUUUUCAAGGACGACUCUUAUCUGUCCAGACUGCCAGUUGCUGUCAUUGAAUCCUAGUACCAACGACAAGGUUACAUCAAGUCCAUGGCAGACUUGAUUGAGAAGGAAUUAAAUAAUUUCUCUAAGCCUGAGGAGAUAUCUUGUUGGAAUGGAAAACACCACUGAUGUUAGCAACAAACAGAAGAAGAAGAAGAAGAUGAAACAAGAAAGAGAAAAUCAUUUCAAAGAAAAGACAUGACAAAACAGAAUAAAGUAUUAUCUCACAUGGAUUCAAUUAUUGUGGGCUGUUGAAUCACUUUGUGCACAGCUGGGACAGCUGGAAAUCUGUUACACUUUUCACAUGUGGUGCAAUGAGAGAAUAUUUAGAAUGAUGAGGUUUUGAUAUUGUUAGGAAAUGCACAAUUAAAAUAGAACAAGUAUACAGCCUAGAUUAAUAGUUAUUUUCUUUUCUUUUAUUCUUUGUACAAAUCCAAUUGUAUAAA